UAACAAAGUGUCAAGAACGCUCUUGCCCUUGUCACAAGAGAGAAAGAGGGGAAGAUAGAAAAAGAAGAGAAAAAAAAAGAUAAAUAGAAAGAAAAGAAUAUAUUUGAAGAUUGAAAAGAGGAGCAAGAGAAGUUUAAAGUUGUAGUUAAGAGUAGAGAGGAAUUGUAAAGCAACGACUGGCUGGUUGGUUGGUUGGUUGUUCUUAGUUCUUGGCUGGUGGCUGAUGCUGAUGGCUGGUGAAUGUGAUUGGACUGGAGUUGUGGAUCUUAGUUGAUCUGAAAGUUCAUGAGUGUUCAUAAGAGUGAUCAAAGCUGUGGAUUACUGUAGAUCCGCGAUCGUAUGUGAUAUAUAGAAGUUUAGGAAGCUAGUUAUUCCUUGGAAUUGUUACCUCGGCGGGUUACCUUUUAUGGUAAUCCAGUUAAUAAUAAAAAAAAAAUAAAAAAUUACGAUAUAUAUAUUUGUAAUGCUCUAUUAAAGUGUAAACGCAACAACAAUACGGAAUAUAGUAUUAUUUUUAUUAAUUUAAAAAUAAUCAUGGAUACAAUAUAUAAGAUAUUAAUUGGUGCAUAUUUGGCGAUAUGUAUUACUGGAGUAACAGCUACUUUUCCUCCGCCUGAAAGAUUGACAGGAAUGAAUCCAUGUAUCAGUAAACAAACUUGUCAUGAAUGCAUACAAACGCCACAUUGUGCUUGGUGUGCAGCUCCAAAAUUUAAUGAAAAACGUUGCUUUUUACCAAAUAUAAAUACUAAAAUAUUUGCAACUUGUCCAGAAGAAUUUACAUGGAAUCCUGACAAUGUAUUUAGUAUGGUAAGACAUCGUAAUUUAACAAAAGGUGGAUAUAUUGCCGGAGGUGAAGGCUCUGGAUUUAUCGGAUCAGGUUCAUCAUCAUCAUCAUCAUCAUCUUCUAGUUCUUCUUCUUCUUCUUCUUCUUCUUCUUCUUCUGGAUCUUGGAGCAGUAGUAGCUCCUCAAGUAGACAGGAAGCAGUUCAGAUAUGGCCUCAAGAAGUUAAUUUAAAACUUAGAAUAAAUGAAGCACACAGAAUGUCAUUUGCUUAUUCUCAGGCUGAGGAUUAUCCGGUAGAUCUUUAUUAUCUUAUGGAUUUAAGUAAGUCUAUGGAGGAUGAUAAACAAAAAUUAUCAGAUUUAGGACAACUUCUUGUUGAAAGUAUGAGUAAAAUAACAAGCAAUUUUCGUUUGGGAUUUGGUAGUUUUGUUGAUAAAGUUGUAAUGCCAUAUGUUAGUACAAUGCCUAAAGCCCUUAUUGAACCUUGUGAUGGAUGUGCAGCACCUUAUGGUUACAAAAAUGUUAUGAGAUUAUCAACAGAUACCAGUGCAUUUGCUAGUUUAGUAAGUAAUGCAUCAGUAUCUGGUAAUUUAGAUGCACCAGAGGGUGGUUUUGACGCAAUUAUGCAGGCUAUUGUAUGUAGAAAUGAAAUUGGUUGGCGUGAAAAAGCUCGAAGAUUAUUAGUAUUUUCAACAGACGCUGGAUUUCAUUAUGCUGGUGAUGGUAAAUUGGGAGGAAUAAUACGACCAAAUGACGGUUAUUGUCAUCUUGAUAAUACUGGACUUUAUACUCAUUCUUCAAUACAAGAUUAUCCGAGUAUAUCACAAAUAAAUUUAAAAGUUAAACAAAAUGCUAUUAAUAUUAUUUGGGCAGUAACUGAAGAACAAAUAAGUGUUUAUAAAAGAUUAACUAAACACGUUGAGGGUUCAUUUGCUGGUAAAUUAUCUAAUGAUUCAAGUAAUAUUGUUGAAUUAAUAAGAGAACAAUAUGAUAAAAUAUCAAGCUCUGUUGAAAUGAAAGAUACUGCUAGUAGUGUUAUUAAAGUACGUUAUCUUUCAAGUUGUUUAAAUGACGGACCACCAAUAGAAACAUCUAAAUGUGAUGGAUUAAAAGUUGGUACUAAAGUUGAAUUUAUUGCGGAAAUAGAGGUAACUAGUUGCCCAACAAAUCGAUCUGAAUGGAAACAAAAAUUUGAUAUAUAUCCGGUUGGAAUAAAUGAAACGUUGACAGUUAAUUUAGAAAUGCUUUGUGAUUGUGAAUGUGAACAUGAGGGGCCAAUGUAUGAACCUAAAUCAUCUGAAUGUAAUGGUGAAAUAACUGGAUUUGAUCGUAAUUUCCAAUCCUGUCGACCGGAUAAUACUUCAUUGGUUGAUUGUUCUGGUCGUGGAACAUGUGCUUGCGGUCAAUGUGAAUGCGAGGAGCGUGAAAAUCCAGAAGAGAUUAUUUCUGGUCAUUUUUGCGAGUGUGAUAAUUUUUCAUGUGAUCGUGAUGAAGGACAUUUAUGUUCAAAUCACGGUACAUGUCAAUGUGGACAGUGUGUUUGUAAUGCUGGUUGGAUUGGUCCAAGCUGUAAAUGUCGAUCCUCAAACGAUACUUGUAUUGCUCCAGGUACUAUCAACGGCCUUUUAUGUUCUGGACACGGUGAUUGCAUUUGUGGUGAAUGUGUUUGCCAUGAAGAAGGUAAUAUACGUUAUUCCGGUAAGCACUGUAACAAAUGCCCAACUUGUCCCAGCCGAUGUGAAGAGUUAAAGCCUUGUGUUCAGUGUCAAAUGUAUAAAACUGGUAAUUUAACAGAACAAGAGUGUGCUAAAGUUUGCACAGAAUUUGUACCUGAGCCUGUUGAAGCUGUAAUUGUUGAUGUUGAUAAUGAUGAAGUACCGUGUUAUGGUACUGAUGAAUACGAUUGUAAAUACAAUUUUGUAUACUUUUAUGAUGGACAAAAUUGCCUUAAAGUUAAAGCACAGGCCGAACGAGAGUGUCCUUCCCCGGUAUACGUACUUGGGAUAGUGCUUGGAGUAAUAGCAGCUAUCGUUCUUAUUGGAUUAGCAUUUUUACUACUGUGGAAACUUUUGACAACAAUUCAUGAUCGAAGAGAGUUUGCCAAAUUUGAAAAAGAACGAAUGAUGGCUAAAUGGGAUACGGUAAUUUACUUUUUCCUUUUUUUAAAUCUUUAUCCCAAUAAAUAUAAUUUUCUGUUUUAUUUUUUAUACAGGGGGAAAAUCCUAUUUAUAAACAAGCAACGUCAACAUUUAAAAAUCCUACUUAUGCUGGCAAGUAGAUAGAUAAGUCGUUUAAUAGUCAACUUUUUCCAUUUCUAACUCUAAAAAAAUUUGUAUCUUCCAUAUUUUGUGGAAAUAGUUGAUGACAAAUUAUUCAUUAUUUACAUUAUAAUGAUAAUAAUGGUAUAAAAAUUAGUGAAUAUUUUAAAUUUUGAUACUUUUAUUAUUCUUCGUAUACUGCCAUAUAAAAUGUACUAGUUUAAUUAACUACGAUGAAAGCGAUGUGAAUAAUGACAACAUGUAAAGAGAACGUUCAGUAAAAUUUUUUCUCUUUCUAUUUAUUUUUACUGAUAUUAUAUAUAUAUAUUUUUUUUUUUAAAUAUUAGAC